AACAUUAUAUAAAAUAGAUAUUACAAGACAAAAAAGUUAAAAUAUUUAUAUAAAACGUAAAUGAAAAAUGCAUCAUGUCGGAUACUUUUUAAGAAAACAUGAUUAGAUAUUUUGAAGCACUUUUAAUUGACGAUACAAAUAACUAGAAAUAAAGUGCUGUCCUCGUAAGGCAAAAGGCUUCACAGCAAGGUGCAAAUAACAAAAUCAAUCAAGUGUUACCAGCAGCAUAUGUUUUACCUGUAUUUCAACAGAAAUUAUCUCAAUAUGAAAAUUAUUUUACCGUUCAUAGAUUAACACGAAUAUUGCUUUUUCCACUGAGACAGUUUCAUGAUAAUAUCAUAUUGAAAGGCCGGUAUCAUAUUGAAAGGAGAUCCCUUGAUCAUAUAUCGGCAACGAUACCGACCGCGUUCACUCGCACGAGUCUGUGUGAAUAAACAGGCUCUCCCUUCAUCUGAAGAGAUGUCGCCGUUGCCAACGAUACGCGCUUGUUUCGUGUCUCUAUAAUGAUAUUUCUAUAAUUAGAAAUAUACAUUUAAUUAAAAAGCUCCCCUUUUUUUACACCGUCUUUGACCGCGACUUUUUCACAAUGCUUCAUGUGGAACAUAAAUGCGAAGUCGAUACCGAAAAUGAAGAUAUUCUCUUUCGUCCCGAUCGCACUUCCUUUCAAAAAGCGUUUGACGCGUUCCGCUCUUUGCUGAUGGCAUCGGAAAAAAAUCCAGGUGCCCGCAAGUAUUUUCGCAGUUAUGCUUCCUUAAUCUCAGAAAAGCAACGGCAUUUGCAUGACUACAAACAUAUUCUUCAUCCAUUCAGUACCUUUAGAUUUUGUUGGGAUAUCCUCGUGAUUUUAACGAUAACGUGCUUACUGUUGACUGUUCCAUAUCAAGCUGCCUUCCAAAUAAACAUGCGGUUACCUUAUUGGACAGUUUGCAAAAAUCUCCUGCUUUCUCUUUGUUGCGUGGAUAUAAUCGUUAAUUUUACGACAGGAUAUUUCGAUCAUCUGCAUCACAUUGUCGUGAUGGAACCGAAAAAAAUAAUGAAGAGGUACAUAAUAUAUGGCACUUUCCUACUAGAUUUGUUGGGCUCUUUACCAACCGAUAUCGCGUUUAUUAAAACAUGGCAGGAAGACACAGUCGCACGCGAGUUGGUGUCUUUGAUAUGCGGAUUUCGCGUGUUUUCUCUCAGUUGUUACAUAACGAAGAUUGCUGACGCGUAUAACGUUCCUGUAGUCCUUUAUGAAGUCUGCGUCAUGAUAUUUUGGCUGAUUAUAGCGUUUCAGUGGCAGUCUUGCCUCUACUGGUUAGUGCCAAUCGCAACAACUUCUAUGCAUCAACCGAGGCGACCCGGCGACGACGCCUGGAUACACGAGUUCGAUCUUUGGGAAAAAUCCAACGCCAUGCAGUAUCUGCACAGUUUCUUACGCGCUGUCCCUGUCUUCCUGUCGUCGGGUUUUCUACAUAGAAAACCGAAAGACGAGGCGGACCUAACGCUAGUGAUCAUCUUGCAAAUCUUAGGGAGUCUGACUAUCUGGAUUCUGAUAGCUCGCGUAAACCUGCUGUACCAGAGCUUCAACAACUCUAAGCUAACGUAUCAAAACAUCAUAGCAGAGGUCGAGCAGUAUAUGAAGCGUCAGCGAUUGCCGUACUCGACUCGAUGCCGUAUCAUAGAUUACUACGAAUUUUGCUUUCAACAUCGAUUCUUUCACGAGGUUGAGAUCCUUAACACUCUGUCGCCGCAUAUGCAACAGGAAAUCGGCAUGCACGCUUGCCGCAAACUCGUGGAAAACGUUACGUUUUUCAGCAAUCUGCCUCUCCCCUUACUAACGCGCAUCGUUGUCCUGUUAAAAUCCGAAAUUUUUCUGACAAACGACGUGAUAGUACGGGUCAAUCAACCAGGUGAUUGCAUGUAUUUCAUAGCCACCGGUACAGUGGCUAUUUAUACGAGUACCGGAAAGGAAGUGUGUCACUUGGAGGACGGCGCGCACUUUGGGGAGAUCGCGCUGGUGAUGCCGGACGAGCGGAGAGUGGCCAGCGUUGUCGCUGUCGAGACCUGCGAAUUGUAUCGCCUGGACCGCGCGGAUUUUGCCAGAACGAUUCAUCCCUAUCCUAUGCUAUGGGAGCAAAUCAAGAAAAUCGCCAUCGAGAGACACGAGAGAACGACCGUAUUAAAUAUGCAUUAAAUAUUGCAAAAAUAUUAUUUUUUUUUUAAUAUCAUUGUUAUUACGGCAUAUAUUGCAAAACGGUAAAAAAAAAAAUUAUUUUUGUGCAACUUGGUUACGAGAUUAGAAACAAUGUUGAUAUUAAUAUUAAUAUCGUUUAACCGAUUAAAAGCAAUAUUUAUAUAAUGACG